AUGCAUCGCUACAAGACAAGAGCAAGACGCGAGGCCUGGUACUGUGAUGAUGAGGAUGAUACUGCCGCUUUCAAUCCAUUUGGCAAACAUCACAAGCCCCGCAAACCCAUUACCAAUGGAGAUGAAGAAAAUGCUCGGCGCAUGCAUACAAAUGCCUCGGAAAACUUCAUGACACCUACAAUCGAGAUGGACCGACAAUCGAACAAUCGCAAAGGGAUCGAAAAGCCUCAGCACGCCAAUACCAUGCCCUCGUCAUCUCCCACCUCCACAAAAAUGUCCGAGCCCAGUUUUGCGCCAAUUGUGAAAACCCCGGACGAGUUGGAGGAACGGCCAGAAACAAGUCAAGAUUCGGGUACUGGCACAAACGAAUCUGCGUUGGAAAAGUCCAUUACAUCUACAGACGGGCCAGUCGAGGGUCGGCCACGAAGACGAAAGCGAGCCAAACUCCUUUGCUUCGUAAAAGAUGAGGACGAUAAGUUGUCUAAGCGGACUUCGGCAUCCUUCUUCAAGCCUGAUGCUCAGAAAUUCACCUUCAAGAGCCAGAUCCGUGCCACACUUUUCAAUUCAUACAUCAAUAUCCUGCUUAUAUUUGUACCUGUUGGCAUUGCCGUGAACUACGCUGGGGUGGACAAAGUGGCCGUAUUCGUCAUCAAUUUUAUUGCUAUUAUACCAUUGGCCGGAAUGUUAAGUUACGCAACUGAAGAGAUAGCAUUGCGUGUCGGAGAGACUCUUGGUGGCUUGCUGAAUGCAACCUUCGGAAAUGCUGUCGAGCUCAUCGUCUCCAUCCUCGCUCUCGUGGAUAAUCAAGUUGAUAUCGUGAAAGAAUCACUGAUUGGCAGCAUGCUAUCCAAUCUCCUACUCGUGAUGGGAAUGUCCUUCUUCCUUGGCGGUAUCAACAGAAUCAAUCAAUACUUUAACGUAACCGUCGCACAGACCGCUUCAUCAUUGUUGGCCCUGGCAAUAGGCAGCUUGCUUAUUCCUGCAGCUUUCCAAUCUUUUGCAGACGGAAGUCAGGAAUUAAAGAAUGAGCGGAUUGCCGAACUCUCACGCGGUACCGCCAUCUUGCUCCUGGUAGUAUAUGCUUGCUACCUGCUUUUCCAACUGAAGACACACACGACCAUAUACAAUGCACCGUCUCAAAAGGUCGAGAAGCGCUCUAAGAAAGUUGAGGGUGGCGAUGCAUCAAAAGGCAUCGCACAAAUUGGCGCUGGAAUGGCAAACUCGACUGGUGGGAAGAUUUCUCAAGAAAAGCAUGCGCAAGAGCCAGAAGGAGAGCAGGAGGAGCCAGAACUAAGCAAGCUCACCGCGUUGCUAACGCUUGCUAUCUCAACUGCAUUGGUCGCUCUGUGUGCGGAAUACAUGGUCAAGAGCAUUAACGCUAUUACGGACGGCGGAAGCGUGUCGAGGACGUUUGUCGGUUUGAUUCUCCUGCCCAUUGUCGGCAAUGCAGCCGAGCAUGCUACCGCCGUCACGGUCGCGAUCAAGGACAAGAUGGAUUUGGCUAUCGGAGUCGCUGUGGGUAGUAGCAUGCAGAUCGCUCUGCUGGUCAUUCCAUUCGCCGUGGUGCUUGGGUGGAUUAUGGGCAAGAGUGAUAUGAACCUGGCAUUCGAUGGAUUCCAAAUUGUGGUGCUCUUCGUAAGCAUACUGCUUGUCAACUACCUGAUCCAAGAUGGAGAGAGCCACUGGCUUGAGGGUGUGCUAUUAAUGAUUCUCUACAUGAUCAUCGCUAUAGCUGCAUGGUUUUAUCCAGAGGGUGAGCCUGGCUCCGGCACCCACCAAGAGCGUGCUAACAAAGUGAACAGAUGA